GGUGGCGCAGGCGCGCAGGCCGGAGCCGUUGGUGCGGGGUGGGUGCGGGAAGCGGGGCGGGGGGGUUGCCCCGCGGGAUGCGGGCGCUGCGGCGGCUGCAUGAGGCGGCGGUGGGGCUGCUGCUGUGGCGGGGAACGGCGGCGGCAGCAGCGCCCCGUCCCGCCGCUUCGGAGGUGCUGAGCCAGCACCUGCGGCAACGCGGCCUGCCCCACUGGACCUCGUACUGCGUCAAGUACAGCGCCGUGCGCAACGACCAGUUCGGCCUCUCCCACUUCAACUGGCGGGUGAACGGUGCCAACUACCACAUCCUGCGCACCGGCUGCUUCCCCUUCAUCAAGUACCACUGCUCCCGCGCCGCCCCGCAGGACCUGGCGCUACAGAAUGCCGCCUUCACCGCCCUCAAGGUCCUCAACGCCGGCAUCCCAACUUUACUAUAUGGAAUUGGCUCCUGGUUCUUUGUCAGUGUCACAGAGACUGUUCAUACGAGUCAUGGCCCAGUUACUAUUUAUUUUCUAAAUAAAGAAGAUGAAGGCGCAAUGUACUGAAAUCACGCCCUCAAGUACCUGUCACUUGGUGGGUUUCUGAGUUACAUCUACAAAUAUCUGCUUCCUUUGACUAAAAAGAACUGAAGGCAACUUUGUUUUUUACAGUGCAUUCUUUUACUUAACGUGCUGUCUUCAGGAAGCUUCAUGGACUUUUUGGUCAUAAGAGAUUUAUUUUUGCAGAGGUCAGUAAAGUUGAAAAAGUAGAAGCCUUGGGAGAAGAAUUAGUAUUUCUAAGGUUAUUAAAAUUUACAGAAGUCAGUGACUCGUACUGCUGAACAAACUUGCGAUAAUUGAGAUACAUCUACCAGCUUAGAGAACUGAAUUGUAGCAUGCGGGCAAGGAAACUGUGAAUACGCUAGAUGUUUUCAGAAUGUCUCUGAAAAGAUUAAGCUGCUUAGGUUUAGGCUCUGACUAGAUGUUUCAUAAUGCAUUAAUUGUCAUAGUUGCACGCAUGUUUGAAUGAAUCCAUGGCACUGACUAAUCACAAUUGCCUGGAGGACUCUGGAAAAAAAUACAACCCCAAGAAGUUAAAAAUGACUGUAUCACAUUUCUUCGAAUUACAUUUAAAUAAAAUAUCUAAAAUAUG